ACUUCCCCGCCCGCCCCGCCAAGAUGGCGGCGCCCAUGGAGGCGGCGGGCAGGUUCCGCACCCGGGAUGUGCUGCUGCCCGGCGGCCCCUCCGACUUCGGCUCUCUCCUGCUGUCGCCGCCGGUGCUGGCGGGGCUGGAGGCGGCCGGCUUCCAUCGGCCCUCGCCGGUGCAGCUGAAGGCCAUCCCGCUGGGGCGCUGCGGGCUGGAUCUCAUCGUGCAGGCCAAGUCUGGCACCGGCAAGACCUGCGUGUUCGCCACCAUCGCCCUGGACGCCGUGCUGCUGGAGAGCCCCGCCACGCAGAUCCUGAUCCUGGCUCCCACGAGGGAGAUCGCUGUGCAGAUCCACGCCGUGAUCACGACGAUUGGCAUGAAAAUGGAAGGCUUGGAAUGCCACGUGUUCAUUGGGGGCACUCCUCUGAGCCAGGACAGAAGCAGGCUGAAGAAGUGUCACAUCGCUGUGGGCUCCCCAGGGCGGAUCAAGCAGCUGAUCGAGCUGGACUACCUGAGCACGGCCAGCGUCCGGCUCCUGGUGCUGGACGAGGCAGACAAGCUGCUGGAGGAGGGCAGCUUCCAGGAGCAGGUCAACUGGAUCUACUCCUGCCUGCCUGUCAAUAAGCAGAUGCUGGCAGUCUCAGCCACCUACCCCGAGUCCUUGGCUGCUGCUCUCACCAGGUACAUGAGGGAGCCCACGUUUGUCAGGCUGAACCCCACGGACCCAGCCCUUCUUGGGCUGAAGCAGUACUACAAAAUCGUGAAUUCCCAUCCCCUCCCACAUAAAACCUUUGAGGAAAAAACCCAGCACCUGCAGGAGUUGUUCAGCAAGAUUCCUUUCAACCAAGCCUUGGUCUUCUCAAAUUUGCACAGCAGGGCUCAACAUCUGGCUGAAAUACUGACAUCCAGAGGCUUCCCUGCUGAGUGCAUUUCAGGCAACAUGAAUCAAAGUCAGCGACUUGAUGCCAUGGCUAAAUUAAAGCAAUUCCACUGCAGAGUUCUGAUUUCCACAGACUUGACAUCUCGUGGAAUUGAUGCUGAGAAGGUGAACCUGGUCAUCAACCUGGACGUGCCCCUGGACUGGGAGACCUACAUGCACCGCAUCGGCCGCGCCGGGCGCUUCGGCACCUUGGGGCUGGCUGUGACCUACUGCUGCCGUGGGGAGGAGGAGAACACCAUGAUGAAAAUUGCUCAGAAGUGCAACCUGCAGCUUCUUCCUCUGCCAGAGCCAAUUCCCCCUGGAAUGAUGGAGCAGUUUGAGGAUGGGCAGGUGGAAGUUAAACCUGCAAUACCCACGGGUCCUGUGGUGAACUGUGACACUGUGUGUCCUAAAGCAGAGCAACCAGUGCUGCAGCCUGUCCAGAAUGGCUUUCCAGACAUACCUCAGCCUCCCUCUAAUCUUCCAAGGGAUAAUUCUUCUGUAGAAAGGCCAAAAAAGACUCCGAAGCCAAAACAGAUUAAAAAGUGCACAAAUCCUGCAAAUGUAGAGAAAAAUAGAACCCCCCAAACUUCCAGCUGUCGCACAGAACAGAGGAACCAAGUCAAACCCAUCUCCAGGAGGGAUGCACAGCACAGCACUCAGGCUCCAGAUGAGGAGGCCUUAAAAAAAAAUCUUCCCAAAAUUCCAUGCUUGUCUUCUUUCAAAACCCAACUCACCAAUCCCUGGAGCUUCUCAGAUUUUGUUGAAGAUUAUGAUUAUUUCAUUAAAGAAGGGUCAGAGAGAGAGGUGGAGAUUUUAAGAAGUUACUCAGGCCCAGGAGAGCAGCGUGGGCUGCCCAGAAAUGGGGAUGUGGAGUGGGAAGAGAUGGAGCAUCACCCAGAGACAGCAGCAGAGGAGGUGUCUGCUGACAGCGAUGGCUCAGGGAGCUCCAGGGGUUCCUUUGACACCAGGGCCAACAAUGGCUCAGGGAGCUCCAGGGGUUCCUUUGACACCAGGGCCAACAACUCCUGCUCUGAGGCCUUUUCAGACACCCAGGAGCCAAGCCCUGUGUCCCCAGCACACUGGGACCCCCCAGGUUUCUGUCCCACACCAGAGAAGCCUUGGGAGCCAUCCCAUGGUCCCAGGAAGAAGGAAGUGACAAAGAAAGUCCCAAAACAAAAUGCUAAACCCAGGAAAAGCCACGGGCAUCAAUUCUGCAGUCCUGCCACGAGCAGAGCUGAGGAGGAGCAGAGCUGCAGCUCCUGGGGUGAUGCUGCACACGAGGGCUGGAGCCCUGAGCACUACUGGAGAUGUUACUACGAGGCCUGGCAGAGCUACUGCUCAGCAGUGUCCCACUACAGCAGGAGUUACUGGCACCUGAGCUGCCUCAGUGCCUACCACACCAACUCAGUCUAUCUCCAGGAGCUGCUGAGAGAUGGGGACUGAUGUCUGCUGCUGGCUGGGACCAGGGCUGGACAGGGCUGUGACAGCAGGGCUGCUCUGAAGGACCCUGCCAAGAGACAGAUGUUUGAGAUGGAGAAAAUGGUGUCUUUUUAUAAGCAGCUGUGUCUGGUAAAUGUUUUACACAGGUCCAGUGAUGGUGUUACAGUUUGUUAAUAAAAGGAAAAGAAAG